AUGAUGAUUCUCGCACAACUGGGCUUUGUUAUUGUGCUCGCCAACGAGGAACAGAGCCCUGCUGAUUUCACGAUCAGAGGCAAUGUCCUGCACUGGUCAUCUACGAAGAGCAAGCGAGUGACCCGGAGCGUGCUAGCCUCGGAGAUCUACGGCAUGGUCCAAGGUUUCGAUAUGGCCAUUGUCAUCGCGACCACCCUGCAGGCUAUUGUCAAGCAGCUGGACCUACCCCCGACUCCCCUCAUUGUCUGCACCGACUCAUACUCGCUAUACGAAUGCCUCGUAAAGCUCGGGACCACGAAAGAGAAGCGACUCAUGAUUGAUAUCAUGGCGCUAAGGCAGUCCUACGAGCAGCGCGAGAUGGCAGAGAUCCGUUGGAUCAAUGGGGAUGACAACCCGGCUGAUGCGAUGACCAAGCAGCACCCAACCGUGCUUUGGAACGGUUGA